AAUGAUCGAGGACGGAAAUUACCAGAAAGAGAAUCAAUUUGACGAAACUAAUGGUUCAAACACAAAGAGACCAAAAUUGAUGGUUUCAUCAAAUGACAGAGAAUUACCUGUUGAUAAACAAAGCCAUUCUGCUGAUUCUGCAAAUGAACCAUUACUGCGUGAAAAUCCAAAUCGUUUUGUUAUUUUUCCGAUCAAAUAUCAGGACAUUUGGCAAUUUUAUAAAAAGGCCGUUGCUUCGUUUUGGACUGUUGAUCUGGGAAAGGAUAUAACUGAUUGGAAUAAAUUAAAUGAGCAAGAGCGAUUUUUUAUUUCUCGUGUUCUCGCUUUUUUCGCUGCUUCGGAUGGAAUUGUUAAUGAGAAUCUUGUUGAACGUUUUGCUCAAGAAGUUCAAAUACCAGAAGCUCGCUGUUUUUAUGGAUUUCAAAUUGCUAUUGAAAAUAUUCAUUCAGAAAUGUAUUCAAAAUUAAUUGAUACUUAUAUUAAAGAUCCUAUUGAACGGUAUUUCCUUUCUUUAGAUUACAAAAUAAUUUUUUUUAAUAGUUCAAAGUUGUUUAAUGCUAUAUUCGAAUUUGAUUUUAUCAAGAAAAAAGCUGAUUGGGCUCUUCGUUGGACUGCUAGUAAAGAAGCUUCGUUUGGUGAACGUCUCAUUGCUUUUGCCGCAGUUGAGGGUAUUUUCUUCUCUGGAAGUUUUGCUGCAAUUUUCUGGCUAAAGAAACGCGGUUACAUGCCUGGACUGACACAAAGUAAUGAAUUAAUUUCCCGUGAUGAAGGACUUCAUCGAGAUUUUGCUUGUUUACUUUUCCAACAUUUGAAUAAUAAACCAAAUAAUGAACGUAUUGAGGAAAUAAUUCGAGAGGCUGUUGAUAUUGAAAAGAUUUAUAAAGCUCGAAAUCCUUUUGAUUUCAUGGAGAAUAUUUCUAUUGAAGGGAAGACCAACUUUUUCGAAAAGAAAGUUUCUGAAUAUCAGAAGGCGGGGGUUAUUUCGACCGAUGAUGAACGCGAAUUUCGUCUCGAUGCACAAUUUUAA